CGUUCUUUUUAAAAUGGGACAUGGUGGUACGCUGUCGUUCGGCCGCGUUGCUAACAGGCAGCUACUUCGCCUCACUUUCAAUCCCCCCUCCCCUGCAGCAUCAAGCUUGACCGACCACGUGAUCACUCGGGAAGUCUAUGUCAGGCCGUGGGCAAGGGGUUAACGGUGCGGGCGGCUCCUAGCGACAUCGACACGUUUUGCGAGAUAGCAUCCAUGGCAUCUCAAACAAGUCCAUUCGUCGACUUGCUCGUCGUGCUGGAGUGAUCCGGAUGUCUGCUCUCGUGCACGAACAUAUGCGCGCCGUUCUCAAGGUAUAUCUGAAAUGUCUGAUCAACGAUGUCAUAGUGUACACACAGCAUGCGAAUCGGAAGACCAUCAAGACGAUGGAUGUUGUGUACGCACUGAAGCGCCAAGGACAAAUGCUCUACGGGUUCAACAGUGGUUUAAGCAAGAUAACCAAGAAGUAGGAAGUGAAAAAGUACCGUAGUGGCGAAAACCUGAUUAAACUUUACGCAACUUAUCUUACCUUAACUCAACCCAACUCAACUCGACGCACCUCAACGUACCUCACAGUCCUACGAACUGUGAUCCCCCCGGGACGACGGCCCGGGCUAGCAGU